AUGACUGUCGGAAUCAACACCCUGGCUGUCGCCGCCCUCGCUUCUUAUGCCUGCGGCGCUCCCCUCGAGGUUCAACCUCGCGUCGCUUGCGCUUCUGGCCUCUACAUGAUUGUCGCCAGAGGUUCUAAUGAAGCCGCCGGAGAGGGCAAGCCAGGCGCCGUCGCUGAUGGCGUUGUUAGCCGUCUUCCUGGCUCCGUGAGCGUCGCCGUCGACUAUCCCGCCAGCAUUGUUGGUGGUGAUCUUUACCCUGAAUCUGUCACCAAGGGUAUCAACGACGCCAAGAAGAAGGUUGUCGACUAUGUCGCUGCCUGUGGUGACAAGAGCCGCAUCGUCCUCAUUGGAUAUAGCCAGGGCGGAAACGUUAUGACCGAUCUCUUGGCUGGUGGUGUCGCCAAGCCCGAUCCCCUCGACUCGAGCUACCGCAAAUACAUCCACGGUGUCGUUACCUUUGGUGACCCUACCUUUGUUGCCAACCAGACCUACGACUACGGCAGCAACGCCAACGGCAAGAAUGGCAUCUUCACUCGAGCCAACAACGCUGAUGGCAUGGCUCUUCUCGACGCUUACUCGGAUGUCAUGGCCAGCUACUGCGACAAGGGUGACCCCUUCUGCGCCAGCGGCAUCCACGAGUCUGUUCACAGCAACGAGGUGCCUAACCACAAGGACGCUGCUGUUGACUUUAUUGUUGCUCAUGCGUAA